CAAUUUAAUGUUUGAGAGCUAUUAUCCUACUCGUUUUACCACAUGUCUAAAAGCAUAUUUAUUACUCUUCUACAAGCUAAAAAGCUCAAGUGGAGCGAUCUAUGGGCUUCUUGCAGUUUACCAACACGACAAUGGCCGAAUUGUCCGUAUAAGUUAUUUUUUAUUGGCUCGUACAGCCAAACCUGCCAUGUCUUUGGUUUUAAAAAUGGCGUAUACAAGCUUUUUGUUUGCCGGUUUACGCUGUUGAAUGAUUAGUUUUCGAGACCCCGUGUCUACUCGGGCGACACGUAAACGGUGUGAAUAUGAAAAUAAAGUACAUGUAUAUGACAGCGUCGCAAAAGAGUAGAUAAUGGAGAGUUCAGAAGAUGAUGCGGGAACCGCAACAAACGCUUCCCGCCGCCCAUCGGCGCGGGAAAAAGAUAUCAGGCAAGCUGAGGACAUCUGUGCAACUGGUAGUUUUCAGCAAGAUUCAUCGGAAGCUCGAGAUUCCUGCAAAACUCCCGCGAUGUCUGAGGAUAAUUUCGAUGGCGAUAGCGUUCCUUCGCCAUCGACGCAAGACGUCAACACUAGCACUGAAGCGAUCCUUGACAUGAUCGAUGAAAUCGUUGACGGUCCUGGGGCUCCUAAGCGUGUCCCACUUACGGUGGAAAAGGUUGAAUGCGCUCCCAAAAUUCAAUCUAACAAUCGUUUAGAUGAGCAAAAACAAACAUCUCACUGUGAGUCUGAAGAUCCCCUAACACAACCAUCCAAUAUUGAACCGGCUGUUAUAUCUAAAACACAUGAUGAAAGUCCAAUAGAAGAUGAUAAUAUUGGCAGUUCAUCUAACAAUUCAUUAAGAGAAACUGCUGAUUUGUCAGAAACAUGUAAUAUAACAGUUAGUGAAAAGAAUGCAGAUCCAACAACUUCUCAUGAUACUGAAGCUUCCAAUUCUGUGACGCUUCCAAGUAGCCCAAAUCCUAGAAUUCCUGCCAGCAGUGUUGUGCAAACUGACCAAAGUGUUUCUGAUAAGAAUGAAGAAACAUGUGAACGGACAGUGAAAUGUGUUACGUCCAGUGAUAGCCAAGACAAUGUUGUAGGGAGUGCAGAAUGUUCAUCAAGUGACACUAGUUUAAGUGAUAGAGUGCCAGUUUCGGAGAAUGUGACAAAACCGUUGCGGCGGCGCCUCAUAAGGCCGGCGCCAAGUGACCGCCGUCCUGACUCCACUGUCUCCUCUACAGUGGACUUGCAAAGUAUUAAUGUCGAAGCUCAUGAACAAUCAAGUAGCGAGUGUGUUGUCAAAGAUGUGUCCAGUUCAUCAGAUGCGGUGCCACCUCUACAUGGUAAUGUUAAGCCAGAUGAGAUUAGAAAUGUAAGCGAAAUAAGUAUCUGCAAAGCAGAAACAUCAACAAGUCCUACUAAAAAAAUUAAACUCAUUAGACAAAAAGUACUUUCCCAAGUAACUUAUACAGACAAUUCCCAUAUAAAUAAAUCACCUGUUAGGGAGCAAUGUCAAUCUACAUGUGAAAUCCUACCAAAUGAAUCUACUUCAGAGGUAAAUGUAAUAAGCACAUCAAAAUCAGAUAUUGACAAAGAAAUAUUGGAUAAUAAUAAGAUUAGCAUAGACACUGUUUCAAACACACCUGAUGUCUCAACAGUAAUAUUGAAUGAAAGUCUUGUGGAAGAAAAUAAUACUGAGUUACAACUGAAUGAAAGCUCAAGUAAUAAGUUAGAAUUGGAAGAAAGUUUGAAAGAUCUGAAGAAAAUUCCACCAAUAAAAAUACAUCUCUCUGUGACAAGUGCAAGUGAGACAGCAGAGUCAACUGCGAAGCUCUCUGAGGAAAAGAGUGAUAGCAGCUGCAGUAAUAUUGUUAAUGAUGAAUCAGAAUCUGCUAAACAAGUACCAAAACUCACUAUUAAAUUAGGUAAUAAACAACCAGAGGAAACUAAACCUCCUGUACCCAAGUUAACAAUAAAACCAAUCAGACCACCUUCUGAGGAAGAAAACAAAACUGAUUUUCAAGAACAAAUACCUUGUAUAACUAAAUUAAAUAUUAAACCUAUACCCAAAAGACCUGUAAAAAUAAAUGAUGAACAUCGAAAAUCUAGCAGUAGUGAAAUAUCUGAAUCAGAAUGUUCGGAAAAUGAUGAAAGUACAAGCACAUCAGAUCAAGCCUCGGCUUCAGAUCAAGGACCAGCAGAUGUUGUGCCAAAAGUUACUAUUAAAUUGGGGAAAGCAGGGACUGAAGCCGAGGGGCAAUUUUAUACAGAAAAAAAUAUACCAAAACUAACAAUAAAAGGUAUUCAACAAAAUGAAAAUGACAACCCAGAUGGCUUACCCACAUUGAAACUAGUCAUCAGUCAAAGUGAUGAUUCUCAGACUGAAAAAAUACCCAAGUUAACAAUAAAAACAGUGGCGAAAUCUGACAGUCAGCCACUUAGUCCGAAGCUUACAAUUAAGCCAAUCAAGCCACCAGAAACGGCUGCGAAGGAUAGUACUAGUUGUAGUGAAUUGACAGACAUUCAACAAAUACCAAAACUUAAAAUAUCAACAGAUUCAUUUACACCAACAAUAGAGGGGAAAGAUCGACAUAUACCCAAAAUUACAAUAAAACCCAUUUUAAAUACAGAAAAUUUUAAAAAAGUUAGCUCUAAUGAAACCUAUGAACAAAUCCCUGCAGUAACUAAGUUGAAUAUUAAACCAAUUCCUAAACCUACAGAUAGUACUGAUAUGACCGAAAUAAUAGAGGAUAAUGUUCCUGUAGUUUCAAAAAUAAAUAUUAAGCCUGUAAUUAAACCUAAAGAUAAUGAGAUAGAUUGUAACAGAGAAGAUAUAGAGAUACCUAAAAUUACAAAAAUAAAUAUAAAACCAAUAAAAAAACCAGAUGUUAAAUCAGAAGAAAAAGACUGUGAUCCUAAAGUUGAAUUAGAUGAAAAUAAUAUACCUGCUGUUACGAAAAUUAAUAUUAAGCCUAUAAUUAAGCCAGAAGAUGAAGAUAUAUCAAAAGGUGAAAUUUCAGAGAAUCAAUCCUCAGAAACAGGAAAUUCAAGUGAUGAUAAUACUGACAUACCUGUUGUAACCAAAAUAAAUAUAAAACCUAUUUUAAAACCAAGUGAAACAGAAAUAUCAAAUGUGGACAGUAUUCCUGUUGUAUCUAAAAUUAAUAUAAAACCCAUUGUGAAGCCAGAAGAAAAUACUUUUACUUUAUCACCCAAAAAAGAGAGUUUGCGGAGCUUAGAACAUAGAAAUUCUAUCAUACCAAUUGUUACAAAAUUAAAUAUUAAGCCUGUUUUGAAACCCGAUGAAGUCCAGAAGGUCAGUGAUGAUUGUGAAGAAAUGGUACUUAAAAAUCCACCACUAGUUAUGAAAAUUAAUAUGAAAACGGUUGAUUCAGGUAGUGGUGAAAAACUGACCAAUUCUGAUAAAUGUGGAGACAAUGAAAAACAUAUUAACAGUGUAGGUGACAACAUAUCUGUUCUUUCUAAAAGCAAUUUUAAAGUGUCUACAAAAUCCGUUAAAGAAGUUUCCAAUAUUAAAACUACUGAAUAUAAAGAACAUGACUCUGCCACGGUUGAAAAUACAUGUAGUAUUGUUGAUGCAAAAGUUACAGAAGACCAAACCAACAUGACACUUUUGUCAAAACAAAACUGUAUUGCUAAAACUAACGAAACAGAUUCUGAUGUACAUAAUGAACAUAUUGAAAAACCUGUCACCAUUGAAACAAAGAAAAAGAUGACAUCAUGUGACACCACUGUAUCUCAAGAAAAUGUAUCCCUAGACGCACAAAAAACUGAAUCUAACCUAAAUAAAUUAGUUGGAACAUGCCAAAUAGAUUUAUCAUGUGACACAGCUAUUGCUGAUGUGAAAUUAGAAGAUGAUGGUAAAAGUUUGACACCAGAUUGCACUGAAUCUAAAGUUAUUAUAAAGCAACAGCAUUCACCUUCGAUACAAAAUUGUACUUUGUUGAAGAAACUCCUGGAAACAAAAAGUGAUGUUUUAAGUAAUGUGGAGGAAAAUAAACCUGUUACAAGUAAUUGUUUGUCACCUACUUUGAGGUCAAAGACCCCAAGUUCAGAAAACAAAGAACUUGUCACAAAAAAUAGUAAGGACAUGACUAAAUCUGAAAUUGGUUCUAAAAUUGACACAGUCAGCAACAUUACCGUAACUUCAAAAGACGGAGUUAGUGAUACUACUUUUAAAAAUAAUAUGAUGCAAGGACUUUCUAAAGAACUUAAUGAAAGGUUAUCUAAACCCUUGGAAAUAACUGUAUCAGAGAAAAUAACUAAUCAAAGUUCAGGCCAAGAUUCACCUAGAAUUAUAUUAAAAAUCAAUAAGACUGACCAAGGUGCAUCAGCUAAAAUAAUUACAGAGGAUCCAAAAAGGCCAGAACAACAAAAGUAUACAACAGAAAACCCUCAAAAUGAGAUAAAUGAUAAUGAAAACAUUAAAAAGAAUGUGAUAAAUAUUAGGAGGAAACAACCUGUAAAUCUUAAUCCAACGAUACAAUUAGGAAAAAGAUUAAGGAGUUCUAGAAUUGUGGAAAACUCGGACAAGUCGCCCGUAGAAAAAAAGAAUAUCAUAAAAAGACCAUCAGCAGCAAUUACCAGUCCAACUCACAACAAAGAACCAGAACUAUCAGUACUUGAGACAAAAAGAUUAAAAUUAGGACAACUUUUAUCCAACAAAUCAUUAUCUAUGAGUCCCAUUAUAAAUAAAGCAGAACAAUUGUCACCAACAAAAAAACUUUCACUAGAAAUUAAACAGGAAGGAAGGAAUAUCAAUCACACAGUUCUAAAAAAUGAAAACUGUGCAAAAAAUGGUAACUCUAAAUUACACAACAUAUUAUCUAACUUUCAACCAAAAAUGCAGGUUAAAGCCUUUAAUGAUAUGUGUCAUUCUGAUAAGAAUCCUAAUAUUACAACUGAACUUGAAUCCAGUACGUCGACAGGCAGCUGUGACAGAGUUGAAAUUAUUACUUUAGGAAAAAGCGAUCCUGAGGUACAAGAAUUAAUUUUUAAUGAUAACUCUGAAUUACACGACUUCAAUAUACCAUCAGAGUCACAAGAUCCACUUGAAGUGAGUGGGUUAAAGGCACCUUCAACUGUGCAUAAUGAUAAUUUCAACAUUCCUAAUUCUACCACGCCAAUGAUGGUUUCCACUCCGCAACCGAAAAAACGCGGGCGACCACGCAAAAUACCACUCUCGGAAGGCGCCAAAAUUGUCUUGCCAACACCUGCUCUUGAGGAGAGACCUCAGAGGUCUUUACGCUUAUCAAGAGACAGGCCCAUGAUAUUGACAAAACCCAGAGGUAGAGGGCGAGGGCGUGGCGCUCGACGUCUAGAUACCUCUUCAGACAGGACGCCAGAGACGAUUACAGAUGCAGCUAACAAAUUUUUCAAAGAACAAAAAUCUACCGAAACUAUAGACCUGACCAGCUCAAGAAUAAAACUGCCACGAAUGACCGAGGCACUGGAUAAGAUGCCUUGUUCUACUCCCCUAAGUAGUAGACGAAGAAACUCAUCCAUGGGAGAUUUGAAGCUCUUUAGUGAUGCGUCCGAACUUAAAGUUGUACUUGAUUCUACACUUCCAAAUUUAGAGAAUUCAUUUUUAAAAUCACCUGAAGUAAACGAAGGCCGUGGGCGGGGGUCACGAGGGGGGCGUGGCAGUCGCGGAGGGCGGGGUCGCGCGGCGGGCCGCAGUCCUCGUGCCAGAGGCCGGGGUCGGGGCGGGGGCCGCGGCGCCAUGUAUAUGAAGGAAACUAUGGGAAUAUAUGGUCGAGUUUGUGGACCGGCUACAACAACAGUACAACUAUUUGAAGAGGAGACAUGCAUGAUGGAUGACAAUGCUACUCCUGCAAAGCCAUCACAUUUACUUGACGAGGAUUCACAAAGCUCUGUAAAGAGUUCAACAAAUGAAAGUAGUAAAACAAAGAAGUCAAAGUUUGCAGAUUUAUUUGACAGUAAUAAAGAGUGGACUGCCGCUGAUGUCAAAGAGUAUACGUGGCCACCUCCAGAAAAAUCAGCUGCAGAACAUCAGGUAAUGAUGAUCCAAGAGCAAGUUGCAAUGUUCCUUGGAGUUAAAAGCUUCAAACGGCGGUAUCCUGAAUUAAAAAGAAGAACUAUAAGUGGUGAUGAAAGGGACUAUGUACUCAGCAAAGGGCUUGUAACAGAAGCACUUUGCGAUCUUGGUAUAACAGCAGUAGAUGCAAGUGACGUUUUAGACAUAAUGCUCUCCGAUUACCCACACAAGUAUGAAGAGUACCGAUCACAUCAAUGCAGAAAACAGAUCACCGACCCUAGUGAGGAGACGGUUGAAGAGAUUAAAGUGGAGGAGGUGAAGGUGGAGAAAGUUGAUGUGAAACCGGAGCCGAAACCUGUGGAGCAAAAACCGGAACCACCGAAAGUAGAUCCAGAGAAAAUGAGACAGGACAUGGCAGCGGCGGCGAUAGCUUCAGCCACGGAGUGGAACGCUCGCUUGAACUCUCUGCGGCGGCCGGCGUGUGCGGACCUCCAGUCUCUGACGUUGCUGCGCAGGCGCGCGCCCCCCGCCCCGCCGCCGCCACCCCGCGUGCGGCCCCCGCACGGCUUCUACCCGCUCGCGUUGCUACCCGGACAGUACCAGCACUGCUACAGGGUCUACAGCUCGGAACAACUCAGAUAUUUCCCAUUGAACACGGCUCUGGCGGCCCCGCCGGCGGUCGUGUCCGCGGAGUCCAGUUCAGAUUCGGAGGCGGACUGGCUGGAGCGCUCCUCCUCCUCCGACACCGAUGUUGACACACACCCGCCUAAGCGUAAGAAGUUGACAAAGACGAAGCGCAGCAGUCAGCAGGGCGAGGCGGGGGGCGGGGGCGGGGCUAGCAGUGGGGGCGGGGUCGGGGGCGCAAGAGAAGAGGAGGCGGACACGUGUCGCGCUUGCGGUCUGCGCAUAGAGGCCAACCGCAAGUAUACGCACGAGAGGUUCCUCGUCUGCGCCAACUGUAAUGCUAAAUUGCACCCGGGCUGCGUGGACCUGGGUCCGGACACGAUCCGCAAGUGUCGCGAGUACCCGUGGCAGUGCGCAGAGUGUAAGACUUGCUGCUCCUGUCGCCUGCCCGCUGACGACGACAAGAUGCUCUUCUGCGACCUCUGCGACCGCGGCUUCCACAUCUACUGUGUAGGACUUCGACAUGUUCCCAGCGGUCGUUGGCACUGCGCGGAGUGCGCUGUGUGCAAGUCGUGCGGGGCGCGGGAGCCGGGCGGGGGUGGUGGUGGUGGUGGUGGUGCGGGGGGCGAGGCUGCGUGCGGCGGUGCGCCCCCCGAGUGGCACCACCAGACACGCCGCGGCCCCGGCGGACACAAACUGUACUCGCACUCGCUGUGCACGCCCUGCGCCAGGGCGUAUCGCAUCGGUCGCUACUGCCCGCUGUGCGAGCGCUCCUUCAUCGGGCCUAAGGGGACUAUGCAGCUCGUCAUAUGUAAACUCUGCGAUAGGCAACUGCAUCAAGAUUGCGUUAAGCAAACGGUGAGCAACUUGAAGGUGAUGGACUAUACGUGCGGCGAGUGUCGGCGCGGCGGCAUCACGUCGCGUGCGGCCGCCGUGCGCCUCGCGCCCCGCACCAUCGCCACGCUGUUCAUGGCCAAGCGGCGCUUCAACAAGUACGCGCACCGCCAGUACAUGCAGAGCCGCAUGCAGACCUCCAAGGUCUCUGAGAACUCCAACGACGUCGCAGACGACACGAUAGAGUCGUGCGACCGCCCAGAACGUCCCGACGACGCGUCCGACGCCUCCGAUGUACCCGAGGAGGUGCACGACCCGCUCGACGUCGGCGACCGGCGACCCGACGGCGCGGAGUAAACGCGGUGUUGCAGCGGGCGGACCGCGUAGUGUGCGUUAUCUAUAUUAAUAAGUGCAAACGUAUGUUGUGUCGUGUUGUGCGUGCGGGCGGACCGCGAAGUGUGUGUCGCGGCUUUAAUUUCAUUCGUGCAUCGGACACUGCGAGUGACUGUACAUUGACUAUGUAAUAUAUCUAGCUGUUAUUAGUCUAUAUAUAACUCUUAUCCGCUUCGGUAAUACGGUUGUAAGGUAAACUGUUGCAUAAAUCUGAUUAAAUUACGUUUAACUAGUAGGCUAUGUAUAUGUAAGUUGUCGGAUAGUGGAGAUAUACUAGUGUCGGCCGUGCCCCGGCAGUGCGCACGCAGACAGACAGACAGACAGACAGACGGAGGCAGACGUGAAGUGGUUUGGUAGCCGUAGUUCGCAGGUCACUAACACGUAAAAUGUACAGUAACUUAAUACUAACUUCACUAUGUGGGUAGCUGGGCAAUCAUACUAUUUUUUAUUAAUAAUAGUUUUUUUUUUAUGUUUGCUGCAAAAAUCAUGUUUGCAUCCCCCGUGAAUUAUUUAUGUUAAGGAGAGUCAAAUAGAGAUUGAAUCGGUAUGAUGUUUCGUUAAAUGGAUGUAUUAUCGUUUGUCAUCGACAUGUUGUUUAUAUACAUUUUGUGAAUGGUUUUAUAUUUGUGUAAUGUCUGACUUAUGUUCUAUUUGCACAUGAUUUCUCAAAAAUUGGAAAAAUAAAUUGUAUAUUAUAAAUGAAUCUGCCUUUUAAUGCAUUUGUGAUGCAAUCAUUUUGUUUUAGAAUUGGUU